GAAAUUUACAGAAUGCCUCAUUACGAAAAUGACACAGGAUUGUGAUUCAGACUCAAUGAAGAUUUCAUAAUCAAGGAUGGGUACUGGUGUGAGAUUCAAAAACUCGGAAUCUGUUUUUUCAAAUCUUAUUCAAAACAAAUCCUCAAAUCGCAGAUGCUGUCAAAGAUAUGUUAAGCUAAAUAUUAAGUAAUAAGCCUAUAGUUUGACAUUUACAAAAUUUCGGCUAAUUGAAACUAUCGAGAGAGGUUAAAUGGGUUUUCACAAAUGAUCAAUACUUGCGAAUGAGUAUGAAUAAAUUGUUUGGCUCAUUCCAAUUGUUAAUAAGAUGCAACCGGCUUUUUCGGGAAAUGACCUCCUAAUGAACUAUGCUUCUAUCAGUGACUUUCUAUCACUUCUUCUCAAUAGAUCGGCCUUUUGAUUCUCAUUCAAUAUAGAAUGAGAAAACUUCAACAAACUAUUUUCCUUGGCUCACUUGCUACGGUUGUGUAUACAUGUAUACCUACUCAAAAUGUUGAUCCUGUGACAACUACAACAGUUGCGACAACAACCACAACUGUCACUGAACCUCCAUUCCCCUGUAAUGUUUGCCAGAAAGUAUAUGACACUGCCUGUAUGGGUUUUGGAAUACCAAAUCUACUAACAGGAUGCCCUACAGCAGCGGAAGCUGGUAUUGAAUACGCCUUAGGAGCAGUUAUCGCAUUGUUUCCUUUUGUACCAGCUGGCGCAUGCAGUACCGUAGUUGUAUGCCCACCAACAACAACUCUGCAGUACAUAACUUUUGGAAUUCAAACUCCGGGACCUUCUCCAGCUGUUGCGUGGUGUGAAGAGAGUGGCCCUGAUGCUGGCACAUGGUACACUGGAGCCAGUUUUCUAUUUCGAGUAGAACUUGCAUCUCUCGCUUGUUUGCCAAUUAUCCCUGGAUAAUCAAUAUUUUGUGAUACUUUACUUCUGAUUACUAUAAUCACAACUGUAUAAAAUAACGAUAACAGUAAUAACAAAACAAGUGCCAAUAAUAAUAGUUUUACUAACAAAUUUGAUCAAAUCAAGGAAACGAGUGAUAAAACUUUAUGA